AUGGAUUUCUUUUCCGCCUUCGGUGAUCUGCCGCAAAUCCAGACCCGAAAAGCACUCCUCCUGCUCGACUUUCAGAAUGACUUCGUUCGUUCAAAUGGCGCUCUCUCUGUCCCGAAUACGACGGAGAUCGUCGAGAUCCUUCCAUCACUUGCGAAUGCCUUCCGUCGCACGGGCGAUGUGAUCUGGGUUCGCUCGUAUUAUGAGUCACAACAGCCGCUGCUCAGUGCUGAUGGCCAGGAAUUGGUCGUUUUAAACCGGGUCGAGGACGCGAUCAAGAAACAGUCAACAGAUCCUGAGCUGAGAGGUCCUGUGCACGAGGAGGCCUUUCUUUCAACCGAGCACCCCCGCUGCUGUCUUCCUCAAUCUACUGGAGCUCAAUUCCCCGCCCCGCUACUCGCCGCUAUUGAUGCCGAUUCAGAUAUCCUGAUAGAUAAAUCAGACUAUUCAGCCUUGUCAUCUCCUGGUCUGAUUCUUUCAUUACGCACACGCUUCAUAACCGAGCUCUACCUCUGCGGAUCUCUCUCCAACGCGUCGAUUUAUGCUACUGCGCUUGACGCUGUCCGUCACGGCUUUACGCUUUACUUAGUCGAGGACUGUUUAGGCUACCGGAGUUUCUUCAGGCACGAAGCAGCCAUGCGAUACAUGGCCGACAUCCUAGGAGCUAACGGCAUCACCUCCCAAGAACUCCUCGACGAGCUUGACCGCGACGAGACCGAUCAGAUCGCACGCAGCGAACCACGACUAGCACGGCCUCUGCCCCCGUCCGGACUUGAAGGGGACCUUGAGGAGCUUGGUGUAAAACUCAGCAGAACCUCAGACAUCGAAACACAGGGCCCAGAGCCUCCUAUGAGACGCCAUAGGCUCGACGAUAUACUAGCCGAAAUGUCCGAUGACGAACAUGGUCACCUCAAGGAGCUUACAGAAUUAACUCGUGUACGAAAUCGCUCUUAUUACGCCGAACGAGGCGAACAGUCCCACAUAUCCGAACCGGGAGACAAACCAACGCGAGCAAAGGUACGCCGUAAGCGGCCUGACCAGAAUGAGACCGGCUCGUCAAGAACGCAAACCCGCCGAGUCAGGAAGUUGAAACCUUCCCUAAAUAUCUGUCGCCCAGGCGAUGUCAUUGGAGAAGGCGAUUCCCGAAUUGUCUAUGAUAUUGAUAUGCCUGAGAAUGCAUUUGAGCGUAUUCGCGACGAGGUGGCUUGGCAGAGGAUGUACCACAUGUCUGGGCAGGUGCCCCGUCUCGUUGCUGUUCAAGGGAAAUUCUCACCAGACGGUUCGAUACCAAUCUACCGUCACCCUGCGGACGAGUCUCCUCCAUUCGAACCUUUUACCUCGACAGUGGACCAGGUUCGCCAUAUAGUGGAACGUAUUCUCGGACACCCUUUGAAUCAUGUGCUUAUCCAACUCUACCGUAGUGGGCAGGACAGGAUCUCCGAGCAUUCGGAUAAGACCCUCGACAUCGUUCGUGGUUCGUCAAUUUGCAAUGUCAGUCUCGGUGCAGAGCGAGUCAUGGUACUCCGCCAAAAAGGUUCAGAAAACGAAGAAGGCUCGGGUAGACUCAGUCAGCGUGUGCCCAUGCCUCACGAGUCGCUUUUUGUGUUGGGUGAAAAGACGAACUCUCGCUGGCUUCAUGGCAUUAAACCUGAUAAACGUCAGGAGUCGGAGAAAUCAACAGAGGAAUGCUCCCAUGGAGGGCAGAGGAUCUCGCUCACUUUCCGACAUAUUGGCACCUUCCUAGACCCUAAUGGCGACACAAUUUGGGGCCAGGGUGCUGUGUCUAAGGUCGAAAGUGAAGCGCAUCCCGUAAUACACGGAGACGCGGAAGAAACUGAACGACUGGUGCGCGCUUUUGGAGAAGAGAACAGGUCUCUCGACUUUGACUGGAAUGCCGUUUAUGGCAAAGGCUUUGACGUUGUCAACUUUGUUACGCCCACUGCAACAAAGCUGGUACUAAGCCAAGAUGAGACAGCUAAUCUGCGGGUCCAGAUUGCUUUAAGUGAGAAUGGCAUCAGAUACAACACAGCAUCACCUCCUGCCCCGAAAUCGGGCAAUGAGAUGAAAUUACCCAUGUAUAUUGAUUGCGACGGCACAGAAAUUUCCGGCGAUAUCGCGAUAUUGAGUUACCUGGCCCAGCGCCCCCCGAGCUUAGACCGGCCAGGCGUAGAGGUGUUGCACGGUGGCAAGGAUUUAUCCGACAUCGAUAGCCUACUUGUGAAAUGGUGCGAACACCGUGAAAGGGGCGAAGAGACCGAGCCUGAUGCGCUAGCUUCGUGGGAAGAAGCUCUAGCCGGUCAGUCUUAUCUCGGCGGGAGCACCUUAGCAAUCGAUGACUGCGCUCUCUGGCCGGUCUUAAGAGACAUUGUCCAAACCCUAGGGCCGAUUUCAGAUAAGACAUAUCCCAAUCUGUCUCAGUACUACAACCGAGUCGGAAAGCGUGGCAAUGUCCGAACAGUACUCGAGGAAGUAAAAUGA